UGCAAGGUUUGCAUUUGAAGAUGUUUUAUAAAUGGGCAUUUUGCAACAACAAAAUUCCUAGUUAAUGCACAUAUCUUAAUGCAAGGCUCAAAGAUUAUGUGUAUGUGCGCUACAUUUGAUCAACUAAAGAAAAAAAAAAAACAACACAUCGAAGUGUUUUUCAACACAUACUUACAAAGACUACAAUUUUCCACGGCACAAAGCGUACAAAGUACAUUCAAAGUGUCCGUGAUGAGUUCAUUUUAUUUGACUAGAUUCUUGUUGACAUGGUUACCGGAGAAAAAGAUAGCUUGCUGCUACGAGCGCUCACUCAGUCACGUUUCUGCAAAUGUCAAAUGUCAAUACAGAUGAAGCACUAAUCACAUUUCAAACCCAUAAAAUUUUAUACAUUCUUAGCAUGAAUUUAGUCAUACAAUUGUUUGCAAUUAUGAGUCUACUUACUAACUAAAUCAAUAUAAUUUAUUUCCACUAUUACAGUGUUUGAUCGACUAAUUUAAUAACAAAUAAAUCAAUAUAAUAAAUUCAUUUGAAAACCGGAGAUGACAUUUUUCCCCGAUUUACUGAGGAGCUGCACUGAUUUCCGCUUACCACUGGAGCUUGGAAUUGUGGGUAAAUUUGAGAAACUACAACCUUCAGGUUCAUCAAGGAGACUCGGAAAUAUUGACAUUUCAUUAACAUUUGCUUAGAGUCAGAGAGCGCCAUAAAACUAUGACAGCGAUGGCUGUAUAUUAAUUGAGAGUAUUUUAUUUCAAGAAAGACACGACGAAGUUUUAGGCUUUAUUAUUUUCAAAAGGCCAACAUUUUGAAUUCAGUGUUUUGUAGCGCAACGGCUAACGUCCCGUUUUUCCGAACGUACAUUGAACCCAACAAAAGAAGAUGGCCGCGCCCUGUAGAAAGAUGGCGAGUCGGUCCUUCCCUCAGCUUUUGUGUUAUUUUAGUAGGACAGCCGUCGGAAGCGGGGCAUGUCGCCGGUUUUCCGUCACUCCUAUUGACAGAGCGACUCCUCGGGCCAGUACUGCAGCGGACAGAGCGACUUCUCCCUGGUCUCUGAUGGCCGCGGUGUGUCUGCAGAGGUUACCCGUCAUUACAGCGGACUGCAGUCCGAUAGAGCAGCGCUUCAAGCAGAUGUUGCAGCAGAUGGAGCUGGAGAAAAGCCUGGUGUCGGACCAUGAGCUGCGGCUCAUGGAGGACGCGGAGAGGAUGAGUCGGAGGCAGGCUGACGACUAUGACUCGGACGAAGAGGAUCGGGGUGACCAAGAGAUUAUGAUGACUCAGGACUUGGAGGACACCUGGGAGCAGAGGUUAAAGAACUUCCAGCCAGCUCCAAGGGUCAGAGCCGACAUAGACAAGGACCUGAGCUCGGCGCAGCGCUGCCUGGCCGACUCUCUGGUGCUGCUGGCCGAGCAGCAGGUGGGAGCAGAGAGGCUGUGGCUGCUGCCUCAGGCUGCGUGGCAGGAGGGAGAAACGCUGCGACAGACGGCGGAGAGAGCGCUCGACUCCGUGACAGCAGCCGGCGUCAAGGCGACUUUCCUCGGCAACGCUCCCUGCGGAGUUUACAAGUACAAAUUGCCCAAGGCCGCUCGGACUGAGGGCUCAGUCGGAAGAAAGGUGUUCUUCUUCAAAGCCAUCCUGGCCGACGGCGCUCCGGGAAGCGCUCCGACCGCACCUCUGCUUUGGGUGAAGAAGAGCGAGCUGCAGAAAUACCUGAAACCAGCGUACAUGAUGAAGGUCGACCGCUUCAUCCUCAACUUGUGA